AUGAGAGUAUCGCUAAUCUUCCUGGUUCUGCUACUUGAGUUUUCAUGGGGACGAAUCAGUGGAAUUAACACUGGUCGAGUGCGUCGACUAGCUUUUCGAAAACCCAAGCCGACUGCAUUUCAGGUAACUCGUUUUCUAGCCCGUAAGGCAUUCCCAUAUCUAUGAUUAAUGUCAGUACAGGUCAGCUUUGAAGUACCUUCAUUGAUUAUGUCUCUUUCAUUGAUAAUAAGCUCGUAAAUAUUGUCCUAUUAAUGCUAUGCAUGCAAGGGAAGGCCUAAACUUGAGAACACCCGCCACUUUGGCGUCUUGUUCAGUUCCAACUAUGUCACGCUUCGACAAAUCUUUUUGUAUCAUUUCUUUGAUGAAAAUUGUCGAAUAUGUUGAAGGGUAGUGAGUGGCUCUGGCACGCGAUGGACUUCAGCCGAUAGCCUAUAAACAACAACAAGCGCUCACAUAAUGAGUUUGGGAUACCUGUGCUCAAAAAAAGAGAUACGUAUUGCGUUGUGUAUGCUUGCCGACCGCCAUGUUGCGCGAUCAUAUAAAAUCGGUCACGUAUAUAUUAAUAGGAGAAUUUUUCCAAAGCGCAUGAAUUAUUUUAUGGCACAGGGGGUGCUGGCAAGGAUAGACGGCGAGCGGUCGUCCUUGUAUUCUUCCCUCCAAAGCCAAGCUCCAGAGCAAAGCGCGGUAGAGCGAAAAAGUAAAAUUAUGAAUGGUACAAAUGAGGAGAGAAAUUAGGGCGGAGAAAAAAUUAAAACACAGGAAAAAUCACGAGCGAGAUGGUGUCAAAUGAAAGGAAGGAAGGAACUGUCAAUCAAGGGGGCGUGAAAAUCAGAUAUACCAUCGCAGUCUCCUUUUUUUUUUCUCCGCUCGGGCCUACGCCUUUGGUCCUCACUACACUCUCGCUGAAAAGUAACAGCGCGGACUGCCCGAAGUCUAGAGGUAAAACAAUAGACAAGCAAAGGUUAUUUCUAAUCAUUACGAUCGACAUGCCUUCCUUUCGCGCUUUACUCUUCUUUCUCUCCCAUUACUGUGCCUGUCACAUACAGGCUAUGCAAUUGAGAUUAGUUAACUAGUUAGUGACCUUGAUUACAAUUUUGCAAAUUUUGCAGCUGUCAAUGCUCGGUGGGAACGAACGUCGCCCGCCAGAAGAGCGACACAUUACCGAACGAGGCACGAAGUGCCCUUCAGUUUUUUUACUGUAAGCCGAUGUUGGCUUCUUCAGUCCUUUAGGUCAAGGGUCCCACUGAGCAUUGGAUAAAAUGUUACCGGGUUGUAACAGGAUCGCGUGACGGUUUGAUCGAUAAAAAACAAAUUACUGAACAAAGGUGAAUCGCGCUAUCUCAAGUUCACAAACAACUCCUCUGCGCCCUGUGACUCAAGUAACGUUGUAUUGACCUAAUGAUAGUUCCUUAUGUUGCUCAAAAUCCCCCUCGGAUACUACAGGCAAAGGAAGACGCACGCGCGUGAAAACUGCCACCCUUAUUGCCUGUUCGAGACGUUCGUGAGGACAGCACAAAGACAAAUUUCCGUUCCCCAGUUCUCGCCACUCUCAACUGUUCCUGCCUAUUUGCUCAUUUUGUGUGAUGAAUGAACUCUGCCAGGAGCCAAGUGCCUCGUAUCAUCUCAAGUAUACUUGCUGAUAUCUUCUUACUUUUAGGUGAAUUUUAAGAAAGGUUUUAACUGGCGGGAAGUAACUACAGAAGAUAAAUUCUAUGAAAUGUUCCCUAACAUACCACGUCUACCCCAGCACCAAGGUAACGAUUAUUAUGGUCUUGGGUCAGGGGGGGUAAGAGGGUGGGGGCGAAAUAUACCCUGUUGAUGUCUAUAUCCACCACCGGCGCAUUUACGUCAGGAGCGUGCUGUAUUGAGGUUUUCAACUGAUUAUGAGCACUACCAAUAAGAAUGCAUGCAAAUUCAUGAACAAAAAUCUUCCAGUUGUGCUUUGCUGAAUUGCAUUAGCACCUGGCAAGUUUUAAUUACAGAAAAGAAGUGUUAAAUGCUGUUGUGGCGCUUCUCUUAGGUGCGUUUUACAACUCAACGAUGCACUUUAAAAUUUUGAGUUGUGGAAAUUAUACGGGAAUGAAUGUUUGAUGAAUGAUUUGCUUUAUCCGUGUAACAAUCAUGGUAAUUUUUUAAUAAUUUAUUCUGCGUCACAUUCACAGCCAAAGUACAAGGAGGAUUUAAACCAAUAAGACCUGGUAGGUGGCUUAUUUAACUUUUUAUCGUUCAUAUCAAGCGAAGCCAAUGACUAGCGUUUUCUUCAGGUAGUGUUUUCCGGAAUUGUUUUUCAAUUCAACUGCUAGUGUUUUGUUAGAUUACUUUUAUAGGGAUAGGACACGGGGCCGGUAUGGUUUACCCUAGGUGUUAGAGGUUUUUUAGCACUUGCUGCAUCUAGGUUAAGCCUAGUUUUUAGGCUCGGCUACAGGUCCGCUCCCCGGUGGGCAGUAUGCUCCCCAAACUUCCGAUAGGUCGCCCGAUGUAAGGAAGUCCAAGACAGUCUUGGAUUCUGGUUUCCACGCCAUGGAUUCCGGAUUCUAGGUGCUAAAUUCCGGAUUCUUUGUCAGGUGAACUUGGACUCUGGAUUCCAACCGUUAGUGGGAUUCCGGAUUUUUUUAGCUGUAUUCCAGAUCCCAAAGCCCAGGAUUCCGGAUUCCACAAGCAAAAAUUUCCCGGAUCCAGGAAUCUGGAUUCACUUGCGCGGGGCGACAUAGGGUAUCCGGCCUCCCAAAGAGGUCUUAAUUUGUGAAAAUGAUCGAAAACGUAGAAUCUAGAAUCACAUUUAAGGGGGUUUUCUGGAAUGGGGUGCAAUACAGUAAAACCUAUUUACUACAUACAGCAAAGGGCUAUGCUAGCGUGUGCGCAUCAUCCGAAUGUCAUUAUCAAGCGGUAUGAUAGAGAAUAAUUGUCACGAGAAACGAGCUUCUUCAAACCUGUUUUUGUCUGAGCUCUUCCUUUGUGACAUCUGUUAAAUCUGUAGAUGGAUGAAUAGUAACGCAGGUCUUUCCAGAAAAAAUACGUAAGAUUACUUCUUGGUGCUGUGUUUAUCCUGUUUUCAAUGUUUAUAUUUAUUGCCAAAAGGAUUUGAAGGACUACACAAAAUUCCUGGCAAUCGCGUACCAGGGAAACCAUCCAUUUCUAAAAGUAAGUUGUUACAACCUUUGGUUAAACAGUGUUUUGAUGUUACGUUAAAUAUCUCCUAUUACUUUGUUUACACAUGAGAAAAGGUGUCUUGGAAUAACAAAUUUACUAACUUCGAAAAAAGUCGCUUUGUACGCAAUAAUGCCUCAAUGUGGCACGUUAAAUCUGCAUUUAAGCCACGCGUGCGUCCUUGAAUUUCUCUCUUCGCCAUAAGAACCGGCGCCUGCUACGCAGGCUAGAGCUUAUCCCGCAUGAAGCGAAUAGGAGUAGGUCCACUCCUCUUGGACGGGAUACUAGUUCAUCGAAGGGUCGCGCCUCCCACUAUGAUCAGUAACAAUUUCAUCUCUCUAACUUGACGUGGUCUUCUGAAGCGUCUUCUCUGCUCGUUAAAUGGUUCCGCCGCAUUCUCGUCCUCAGCGCACCUCGGCUUUUUUUAAAUGCGCGGAGCUUCUCGUUUUGAUGAUCAUGACCCUAAGCUGUGCUUUGCUGUAUUUUACAAAACAGACAAAGUUGAUACUUCAACUCACUGCGCAAGUCGGCGGACGUUGAUUGAUCUUCCUAUCACAAGAUCCUUUGGACAGCACAUCUUCCCAUCAUGCGCAUGGGUAAAACGCUGCUCGGGCUGCAUGUGUUCUGACUUGAUGACGUGCAAGCCAGCGAAGGCAAGGACCAAGACAGUUGAUUUUUAUCGCAUUGGUAAGUAAAAUUUUAAAAUUUGACCAGUAUGUUUAUUACUAUUGAAAAAAAAAGUUUAAAAAUUUACAAGUAAAAAAAAAAAACAAAACUCUUUAAAAUAUAACCAUGGCAAAAAAUUGUUUAAAAGCCUUUUAAUUCUUUGUGGUUAAAAAGCCUUUUAAAGUUUUUUUGGUUUUUUAUUCCCCCCCCCCCCCCCGCCUGACCGCCUCCUAUGUCAAAGUUGCUAGCAAUACGAGACCAUUCUCAAAACUUGGAGGAACAACUUUAAAUGGAGGGGAGGAAGGGGGUGAGAGUAAUAUCACAGAGAUGUGUGACUCAACGCAAAUUUAGGUAAACACAAAAGUUUUUUGUCGGAGUGUCUCAACAUUUUGCCAACUGGUUGUAGCGAGCUGUAGAAUGACCCAGAAUUCUCCUUGCACGAGACAAAUGGAGUAAGAAAAGGAACUUGGAAGACAGGCGAGGAAUCUUCCCUACCCUGUACUUACUUCUCCUUGUAUUAUUAUCAUCAUGCCCAGCGUAUAGGCCUGUCUUUGCGGAAUUUGCCCAGGGUAAGAGUUACACCAUAGACGCCGUUGCCGUAUAUACAUACAAGUAAAAGUUGAAAAACCUUUGUUGCACGUAUUGUUGGUAAUAUCCAAGAAAAUAGCAGCCAUCAAAACCUGCGAAAUUGCUAAAAAAAAAAAAAAGAAAGAAUGAGCCAUAUAGGUCGAGAAAUUCUCCGAAACUUUUGCGUAUAAAGUUAUGCCUCUCUUUCAAUAUAGAGGGACGGUCUAUCAAUAGCUUCACCAGAGAAUGAUAAAGCAAAAAUGCAAACAAAGAUUUAGACUUGCCACAAGUCGACCUCACGACUCUAAGCGAGCGGAGGGAGCUUUUUAAUUAAGCCACGAAACGGCCGAACGAACGACGAAGUCGCAAGAUUCAUCGUCCCGCCGCAUAUUAAAUCGAACAAUGGACUUCUUUAAGUCUAACAAAGAUUCGGCAAAACGGCAACCUCAUCCCUAGGGUUUUCUCUUUUUCCUGUGGUCUAGUUAGAGGUGGCGAUCCGGGGGGGCACUCAUCAUCACUAAUCAUACGGGGAGGCUCUUCCCUUAAGUCCAACCCUUGACCCUUUUAUCUACCUUUUAGGACAGAAAAGGUACACCAUUGGUAUCCCUUCCAUCGAUAAAUGGUACCCCUGUCAUUUUAUUUUCAUACAAAGUGUCUGUCACAAACCGCAAUGACAGAUUUCCUACCCUUUCCAAUACUUCAACUAGUGAAGCCUGAAGGCACCCGUCUCGCGCGGAGCCUCCCUGUUAAGACCAUGGAUCAAUUUAGGCUUCUGGGAAACUGCCCACCUACCCCUCCCUUAAGCCAACACUAACUCUUACUUCUCCCUUAGGGCAAAAUGUUGGCGUAAGGGAGGGGUAGGUGGACAGUUUCCCAGAACCCUAAAUUGAUAGCAUAGGGAGUAACCCUGUUGUGGCGACUACACACAGAAAGUGCUGGAGCUCUCGUUCGCCACAAAAAGGUGCCCUGCACACUUUAGAAUCUUUGCAGCUGUAAUAUGCAAAAUAUCGAGGGCAAGGUUUGAUUAAUACCAUGAUCCCUCGUCCGAUCCUUUAGCUCUCUAGAUCUUAGUAUAAAGCUGAACAGAAGUUUAAACUUAAAGUUCAAAGAAAUAUUCGGUUUCCAUUUUCAGAUGGACAUACAGUUAAUCGGGAUAAAAUACCGAUAACUGAGCACGUGCAGUGUUCUUGUCAGUGUAUUAAGUCAUCUUCCUCUUGUACUGCCGCCACACAAGUUUGGAAUGAAAACACCUGUGGCUGUGUUUGCAAACCCGCAUACCAAGAACACAACCUAAACUGUACAGGAGUCUCAAAGGUAUGGUCUUUUUAUGAGCUUAUAUACUUAAAACAAGGGAACCCCUGAAAUUGUCCUACAAAUGAAGCAUUUGAGUUUAUAACAUAGCGCGCGUGCUUGCCCUAUAUAAGCCCUAUUGAGCCGCUAUGAACAAAAUCUUUAUUUACGCACGCCCGUGCGUAAAUAAGAUGACGUAAGCAUUUUUUUUUACCUGGUUGCAGAGUUGUCGUCUUCUAAGCUGCAGUGCAGUUUUCCUUCUCUUUAAAAUAUGGAAGAAACCAGCGAAGAACUGCCCCAUUUUUCUAUCGGCAUUGACCUUUUAGGUCCUGAUCCAACAUGCAGCAAAAAUAGAGCCGAAUUAAAAAAAACUCGCAUGUUGCACGUUUCGCAAAUUUGUCGGAAGACCAGCUGCGGCAAAUUUUGGCCGAAAGACAUUCACUGGGAACAGAACAGACACCAACUGGUCAUGAACAACAUUAAGAGGUUAAAUUUCCGUUUUUAUUGUUGUUUUUAAAUUUGUUAUGCACUUUUGUUAUCUCCGGACAAUCCGACUGAAGCAGGAAGAUUUCUCUCGCAAUAACAACACAAAUUAAUUACACAAGAAGACAUAAAUUUAUUACUCACAAAAUCAACUGCUGCCAGGUCUUCUCAAGAAGCCGUAAUGACCAGCCAAUAUUUGUAAAUGAAUAUGAGUUUAAAGAAGGAUGACAGUCGUCUUCGCUAAAAACAUGUUUUCUGGAUUUCGCCGAGCAAAACGUAAACAUCUUUUCAGCAAAUCCAAACCAUACUCCACGACUUCUUACGAACAUGUUAGUAUUUUAACUUUAGGUGAGGUUUAAGACUCUUUUACCUUUGUUUCUGCUUAGUUUCCAUUGAUCGUUAACGAAUAAAGAAGCAAAUUUUCUUUCUCAGUUUUACAGAAAAGCUACAGAAAGAAUAUUUUCAUUCAAACUAGAUGAUUGUGGUGUGUUGGUAAUCAGCCAAUAGAAGCGUUUGUUAUUGUGUAGCGCGUUACGAGAAUUUUGCAGUUAAUCAAAAAGCAAGCAUUUUUGUCAGCUAUGUUAUAAAAGAAUUUGCUCAUGCUUUUAGCUGUGCGUAUAUCGAGUUAUGGAUGCACUUGGGAAGUUUGGAGAGCACUCAAGAAGCUAGAGUUGCACUCGGCUAUCGCCUCGUGCAACUCUUACGCAUCUUUCGUGCUCUCCAAACUUCCCGCGUGCAUCCAUAACUCGAUAUACGCACGCUAAGCAUGAACAAAUUCUUAAUUUGCUGGAGCUUGUUCGCAGAUGAAUACAAGACUUUACCAAAAUCGACCAGGAGAAACGUAACAAACAAAUUCGUAUUUGGAAGCCUAUGACUUCCGGAUCUAUCAUGUAAACAUUGAUUUACGUCAUCAGUAUGGAAUUUCUGUCGCUGAGUCGCAGACGUUGUUCCAUGCGAAAAGUCCCCAGCGGGGAUGAGAGGGCAGAAACGGCUGUAUUCGCAGGUUACCCUUCCAGAUGAAAAAGACCUCUUCUGCAUUCAGGGUUCCUAUGGAUUCAUGGGGUUAUUAAUAGUUUGUGUUUUUCGCAAUAGUCCAUUUUCGAGUUGCCUCAAGCCUCUGUUUCAAAGCGAGGCUAAGUGCGAAGCUAUCGAUAUGAAAAUGAUUGUUUUUUUCUCGUGGACAAAAAACUCAUUGCAUAAGAAAGGUUUUUCAUUUCGCCUCGUUUUGAAAGUGAGAGUUUUUGGAACUCGGAAAUGGCAUGUCGCAAUCCAUUGUGAUGUUCUUGAUUAUCAUUAUUAUUAUUAUUAUUCAUUUAUUUAUUUAUCUUUUUCUUUAUUUUUUAUAGUACGACUCUCGAACAUGCAGCUGCAUUUGUCCCAGGGCACAUGAAUCUUGUCCUCUUGGCUGGAUGUGGAGUGAUGUGAAAUGCAGAUGUGUAGAAAAUCGUAUCACCGCUUUGAGGAAACCCUGGAAUAGGCAACGUGAUGAUGAUUAA